CCCGUCCACACUCAUGAAGACCUGGGCAACGUCAAUCAAAUGGAUGAGGAUGAGACGAUAGACCUCGACGUGAAUUAUGUGAAGCACUUCGAGAGCCACGUCGCUCACAUCACAUUGCACCUCGACGGUGCAGACAAUGAACACGACGGACCUUCGCACCCGUCUUAUUUCCCGCCAUGUGGCUUCUGGUCGCCAGUGGAUAAGGACAAGUUCUUUCAUGCGUUAAGCGUCCACUCGCGUCUACGCCCAGAUCUCAUUGCGGCGGAAGUCCCAGGGAAGACCGUGGCCGAUGUCUGCGUGUAUUUGGACAUGCUUGCCGAAGCCUCUGCUAAAGAACCAAAGAAAUGGAGCAGGUCAACAUUCAUGUCAGCUGUUGAGGUUUCGGAUGAUUGGAUCGAAUUUGAGGAGAAACAAGCCAGUGCGAUGGCGGAUUUAGAGCCGAUCUGGGAGGCCCAACACCGCGAGGCUAGACGUUCGGCCGUGCUUGACGAUAAACGACGGUCUCUGCGUAAGCCGAAAAGCGAAUGGGUUGCAGGUCCAAGGGAUAGGGAGAACGAGAAGCUCCGAAAAGCAAUACUCACAGACUUUCAGGCAAGGCGGGAAGCCGAAUGGGAAAAGGAAGAUUAUAUGAGAGACUUGACUGGUGUUCACCUUACAGCGAUUGACCGAAUCCUUCGUGAAGCUGAAGAAUCGAGUCUUGCGCAAUCUCAUGCUGCCGUCUCUCGUCUUGGCUAUGGCUCUGUUGAGAUAGAAGAGCGUGUUUCUGUUCCCUUGAACGACGAUAUCAUCAAACCUUCACCUUUAGAUGGUGCUGAGCGGCAACUCGAACCUGCAUAUUCGUCCAGCCACGAAGCAGAAACCUCCAAUCGCAAUCAUAAUGGUCAUGACGCAGAAAUGAAUGUCGAUCUGGACCUCCUCGAUCCCAUUGCACGUCGGCGACAUCAAAAGCGCAUGCACAUGCGUCGCAAACGUGCUGAACAGUCUGGCGGAGAAGUAAAUAUGGCAGCUACGCGCCUCAAACCUGGUCGCAAAACAAAUAAGAGACUCUUGCGCAAACUGGCACGGCAAAAAGCCAAAACAGAGAACGCCGAUGAAAUUAUGGACGUGGAUAAGAAGGUACAGCUUGCAGAAGCAAAAUUUACUAUCUCAAACAACGAGGAAGAUGAAAAUGAGGGACAAACGGAUGUUCACGGAGGGAAGGAGGAAGCCGACAUCUCGCUCGAUGGAGGUCUCGACGACGCUCUCCAAUUGGCCGACAUUCUUCAUGAUGAAGACCAACUGGGGAUUUUGAAAGACUUUCGUCCCGCCACGCUACCGUACAGAAUAAAGCAAGAGCUGCUGGAUUUCGGCUAUAAUGCAGCAACGCUGAAGUCUGAAGGACUAGGUCUCUUCCAUCUAUCAAGAUUCUCAGAUCUUAUGGGUCUCCAUGCGUCAUUACAGGGGCCACCAAACAGUACUGGGAAUCGCAUAUCUGCCGCUCUUAUAAAGUUGUUUCAAGCUGAAGUUGUCUGUUUCGUCACGGACGUCAUACAUCGUGCCAUUGCUAUUUGCGAACAGGAACGGGUGGCGAAGGAGCAUACUAAAGUUUGGAGGCUACGCGAGGAGCAGGUCAAGGAUAAACAUAUUCAUUUGGCGCUGGAAACUAUGGGCGCUGCGACGAGUAAGAAGGAACACUUUAGUCAACUGGUUUCUCGUAUGGAUUACAUUAAAUCAUGUAAGCGAUCGGUGGAAAUGCGGGAAGGACAGGAGGAGACGGAUAAAGCUGUCCACUGUGAAGAUGGAAGCGGAGAUGGCGGAAACUCGGAUAAAGAGGACAUCGGGGGCGACGCUGAGAAAGGUAAUGUUGGGGACGAGGGGGGUGGGCACAGCGAUCCAUUCAUAGAUGAGGAUGCCGAUAAUUUUGACGACGAAGAGGAACACAGCAUUCACGAAACUAGACCUACUCUUCCCUUUCAUCGUGAAAUCUACGCGCCCUUCCUCUGGCAUGCAGCUGUUGAUCAUCUUGAUUCAAAUCCAUAUGGUCCAUCGCAGACUGCGCCUUGCAACUAUGAAUCUUCGGAUGAUGUUCAACGUGUUCCCGAUGAUUCAGCUCUCCUUGAAGAGCUCCUUGAGGAAGAGGAGUUAGACGCCGCUGAUGUUGCCACUGCUAAAGAGAUGGAGGCUGAGCUUUGGGCGAAGUUUGCGUCUCACGAGAGACGAGAUGAUGCCAUCGAUGAACCUCUUCAGGAGUCGUCCGAAGAAGACGAAGACUUUAUUGAGCACUACUUGAAUAUGGAUCCCGACCCAGUAGGAUCUGGUAACGACCACCGACAGCUCCGUAGUCUGAAAUUUGGCAAGCCUAAUAAGCGGAUCAAAAGCAGUGUAUUUGUCGAAGAUAACGACAGUGACUAAAGUAAUGGUACAUUGCAAAAUUUGGAAGCACACAGCCUUUGGCGAUGCGAGAAGAGGUGGUAAACGACGGAUCACGUUGUAGAAGGCAGCUUUAAAUAUAGCGCUAUCUUGCAGGGUGCUUCUGUUGUAAGAUUUUUGGAAGGUCCUUUUGCCCGGUCGAGAGCAAGCGCCUGAUGCUGUACAGGGUCUUUUGCACGCAUAUGAUUAUGGCUUUGAUGCUAUCCUUCUUUUCAAUGCCAGGAACGUAGGGACCAAGUGAUUCCCACCACGAAAGGAAUCUAUGACGGAAUGAGUCGCCAUUUCCACUCCACCCUUGUUAUGCAAAUUAAUACACAUGGCUCCGAGGUUUCGGCCCUUCUGUCUAUCUAUCUCACUUGUUGCUGCGCGUACCAGUGCAGU